GCCGUCGCGGAGAGAUGAUGUUCAGGUCCGGGACUGUCAGUCGGUGCGCGGCCGGGUACGGGCCGAGAGGCCCGCGGGGCCGGCGCCUCCAUGGCGGCCGUGUUUGAUUUGGAUUUGGAGACGGAGGAAGGCAGCGAGGGCGAGGGCGAGGGCGAGCCAGAGCUCAGCUCCGCGGACGUGUGUCCCUUUGCCGAGUUGAGGGCAGCUGGCCUGGAGCCUGUGGGACACUAUGAAGAGGUGGAGCUGACUGAGACCAGCGUGAACCUCUGCCCAGAGCGCAUCGGGCCCCACUGCUUUGAGCUGCUGCGUGUGCUGGGCAAGGGGGGCUAUGGCAAGGUGUUCCAGGUGCGAAAGGUGCAAGGCACCAACUUGGGCAAAAUAUAUGCCAUGAAAGUCCUAAGGAAGGCCAAAAUUGUGCGCAACGCCAAGGACACAGCACACACACGGGCUGAGCGGAACAUUCUGGAGUCUGUGAAGCACCCCUUUAUUGUGGAACUGGCCUAUGCCUUCCAGACUGGUGGCAAACUCUACCUCAUCCUUGAGUGCCUCAGUGGUGGCGAGCUCUUCAUGCAUUUGGAGCGAGAGGGCAUCUUCCUGGAAGAUACAGCCUGCUUCUACCUGGCCGAGAUCACGCUGGCCUUGGGCCAUCUCCACUCCCAGGGCAUCAUCUACCGGGACCUCAAGCCCGAGAACAUCAUGCUCAGCAGCCAGGGCCACAUCAAACUGACUGACUUUGGACUCUGCAAGGAGUCGAUCCAUGAGGGUGCCGUCACUCACACCUUCUGCGGCACCAUUGAGUACAUGGCCCCUGAGAUUCUGGUGCGCAGUGGCCACAACCGGGCUGUGGACUGGUGGAGCCUGGGGGCCCUGAUGUACGACAUGCUCACUGGAUCGCCCCCCUUCACUGCAGAGAACCGGAAGAAAACCAUGGAUAAGAUCAUCAAGGGCAAGCUGGCGCUGCCCCCCUACCUCACCCCAGAUGCCCGGGACCUUGUCAAAAAGUUUCUGAAACGGAAUCCCAGCCAGAGGAUUGGGGGUGGUCCAGGGGAUGCUGCUGAUGUGCAGAGGCAUCCCUUUUUCCGGCACAUGAAUUGGGAUGACCUUCUGGCCCGGCGUGUGGACCCCCCUUUCAGGCCCUGUCUGCAGUCGGAGGAGGACGUGAGCCAGUUUGAUACCCGCUUCACACGGCAGACGCCGGUGGACAGUCCCGAUGACACGGCCCUCAGUGAGAGUGCCAACCAGGCCUUCCUGGGCUUCACGUACGUGGCGCCGUCUGUCCUGGACAGCAUCAAGGAGGGCUUCUCCUUCCAGCCCAAGCUGCGCUCACCCAGGCGCCUCAACAGUAGCCCCCGGGCCCCCAUCAGCCCCCUCAAGUUCUCCCCCUUUGAGGGGUUUCGGCCCAGCCCCAGCCUGCCGGAGCCCGUGGAGCCACCUCUACCUCCACUCCUGCCACCGCCGCCGCCACCGCCACCCUCGAUCACCGCCCCUCUCCCCAUCCGUCCCCCCUCAGGGACCAAGAAGUCCAAGAGGGGCCGUGGGCGUCCAGGACGCUAGGAAGCUGGGUGGGGUUGAGGGCAGCCCUUGAGCCCUAUCCCUGCGGCUGUGAGGGCAGCAGGUCCCUGGGCCAGUGUCAGAGACCUGGGGGUGUGUCUGGGAGUGGGGUGCGAGUGCGUGCGAAAGUGUGUGCCUGCUGGGGCAGCUGUGCCCCUGAAUCAUGGGCAUGGAGGGCUCC